AUGAAGUUCUCGGUUCUGUCCAGCAUUCUCGCCAACGCCCUGUCGGUCUCGGCAGGCACCAUUCUCUGGGAUGGCCGCUUCAACGACCUCAGCUCCUCGACCGACCUGAACAACUGGUCGUGGGGGAACCAGGUUGGCCCGUACCAGUACUACAUCCACGGCUCGUCGUCGGUGACCUCCUACGUCAACUUGUCGCCCGACUACAAGAACCCCGCCGACUCGGGCUCCAAGCAGGGCGCCAAGAUCACGCUCGACAACACGGCGUACUGGAACGGCCAGAACAUGCGCCGUACCGAGUUGAUCCCCCAGACUACGGCCCCCAUUGCCCAGGGCAAGGUGUACUACCACUUCUCGCUGAUGCGCAAGGACACCAACGCCCCCGCCACCACCCGCGAGCACCAGAUCGCCUUCUUCGAGAGCCACUUCACCGAGCUCAAGGCCGGCUGGCUGUCCGGGGCACCCGGCGUCUCGGACACGCUGCUGCGGUGGUGUGUCGGCGGGCAGACUAAGUGGAGCACUGAGUGGGAGGCCAACGUGUGGCACAACGUCGCGUACGAGAUCGACUUCAGCGCCAACACGGUCGCCUUCUGGCACUCGACCGGCGGCGACGCCCUGACCCAGAAGAUCGCCCCUGUCAGCACCAGCACCAGCAGCAACGGUGCCGACUGGCACGUCGGCGUGCUCGAGCUCCCGCGCUCUGGGUACUCCGACAGCAACGAGGACUACUACUGGUCCGGUGUCUACAUUGAGAGCGGCAGCCUGACCACCAAUGUUGCCGGCCCUGGCGCUCCCUCGGGCGGCGGCGGCAGCAGCAGCAGCGCUGUUAGCAGCAGCACCAAGGCUCCCGUUUCGUCCUCGACCACUCUCGCCACCUCGACCACCACCACCCCGGCCCCCGCCACCUCGACGACCGCCGGCCCCGUUGGCUGCACCGCCGGGCAGUGGGCGCAAUGCGACGGCACUGGCUACAGCGGCUGCAAGGCAUGCGCUUCGCCGUACAAGUGCAACUAUGUCAACGACUGGUACUCGCAAUGCUACUAA